CCGCCGGCUUCGGUUUAGUAAUCAGACCCACAUGAGUCACGUCAAACACGCAGCCUCCUCCCGCCGGAGGGACAACUGGCCAGCGUACUCUCGGCUGUUGUCCCUUUAAAACUCGAAUCCAAGGGGGUAAUGAUUUAUCAAACUUGUGUUAUCAAGAAAAUGUCAAACGAAGGGCACCUUGCUUUGCACUGACGCAAACCUGGCCUUUCCCAAGGAGAUAUAGAAAGCGCCUCUCUUGCUGGAGUCAAACCCAGUCUUGUCAAUAGCUGGUUUCACUCUCAACCGGUUCAAUCUGUUGCCCGUGUCAGACAUGGAUUGCGGUGCUCCCAAAGAAAUGAACACACAACCAGCCAACAGCCUGGGGGCGGCGAUGGCGGUGGGCCACCGCGAUGGCCCGUGCGCACCCAGGACGAGCCCGGAGCAGGAGCUUCCCCCUGCCGCCGCCGCGCCAACGCCGCGUGUGCCCAGGUCCGCUUCCACAGGCGCCCAAACUUACCAGUCCCCUGACCCGCGAGCCUGCGAGACCGAGCGGCCGGGAGUGGGGACUUGCAAACUCAGUAGCCCGCGGGCGCCGGCGGCCUCCGCAGCUCUGAGAGACUUGAACGAGGCGCGCAGCGCGCAGGCCGCCGCUCCUUCUGGGGCCGCCGAGCCCGGCAACGCUCUUCAUUGUAAGAUUCCGGCCCUGCGCGGCCCCGAGGGGGAUGCUAACGUGAGUGUGGGCAAGGGCACCCUGGAGCGGAACAAUACCCCGGCUGUGGGCUGGGUGAAUAUGAGCCAGAGCACCGUGGUGCUGGGCACGGAUGGAAUCACGUCCGUGCUCCCGGGCAGCGUGGCCACCGCUGUCGCCCAGGAGGACGAGCAAGGGGAUGAGAAUAAGGCCCGAGGGAACUGGUCCAGCAAACUGGACUUCAUCCUGUCCAUGGUGGGGUAUGCAGUGGGGCUGGGCAAUGUCUGGAGGUUUCCCUACCUGGCCUUCCAGAACGGGGGAGGUGCUUUCCUCAUUCCCUAUCUGAUGAUGCUGGCUCUGGCCGGGUUACCCAUCUUCUUCCUAGAAGUGUCCCUGGGCCAGUUUGCCAGCCAGGGACCAGUGUCUGUGUGGAAGGCCAUCCCGGCCCUACAAGGCUGUGGCAUCGCAAUGCUGAUCAUCUCCGUCCUAAUAGCCAUAUACUACAAUGUGAUAAUUUGCUACACACUUUUCUACCUGUUUGCCUCCUUUGUGUCUGUGCUGCCCUGGGGCUCCUGCAACAACCCUUGGAACACACCAGAAUGCAAAGAUAAAACCAAACUUUUAUUAGAUUCCUGUGUCAUCAGCGACCAUCCCAAAAUACAGAUCAAGAACUCAACUUUCUGCAUGACUGCCUAUCCCAACUUGACAAUGGUUAACUUCACCAGCCAGGCCAAUAAGACGUUUGUCAGUGGGAGUGAAGAGUAUUUCAAGUACUUUGUGCUGAAGAUUUCUGCAGGGAUUGAAUAUCCUGGCGAGAUCAGGUGGCCACUAGCCUUCUGCCUCUUCCUGGCUUGGGUGAUUGUGUAUGCGUCCCUGGCUAAAGGAAUCAAGACUUCAGGAAAAGUGGUGUACUUCACGGCCACGUUCCCAUAUGUCGUGCUGGUGAUCCUCCUCAUCCGCGGGGUCACCCUGCCCGGAGCUGGCGCUGGGAUCUGGUACUUCAUCACGCCGAAGUGGGAGAAACUCACGGACGCCACGGUCUGGAAGGAUGCUGCCACUCAGAUCUUCUUCUCUUUGUCUGCCGCGUGGGGAGGCCUGAUCACUCUCUCUUCCUACAGCAAAUUCCACAACAACUGCUACAGGGACACUCUCAUUGUAACCUGCACCAACAGUGCCACGAGCAUCUUUGCCGGCUUCGUCAUCUUCUCGGUGAUCGGCUUCAUGGCCAACGAACGCAAGGUUAACAUUGAGAACGUGGCGGACCAAGGGCCAGGCAUUGCAUUUGUGGUUUACCCAGAAGCCUUAACGAGGCUGCCCCUCUCUCCAUUCUGGGCCAUCAUCUUUUUCCUGAUGCUCCUCACUCUUGGACUUGACACUAUGUUUGCCACCAUUGAGACCAUCGUGACCUCCAUCUCGGACGAGUUCCCCAAGUACCUGCGCACACACAAGCCGGUCUUCACUCUGGGUUGCUGUAUCUGUUUCUUCAUCAUGGGCUUUCCGAUGAUCACUCAGGGCGGAAUUUACAUGUUUCAGCUUGUGGACACGUACGCGGCGUCCUAUGCUCUCGUCAUCAUCGCCAUUUUUGAGCUAGUGGGGAUCUCCUAUGUGUACGGCCUGCAAAGAUUCUGUGAAGAUAUAGAGAUGAUGAUUGGAUUCCAGCCAAACAUCUUCUGGAAAGUCUGCUGGGCGUUUGUAACUCCAACCAUUUUAAGUUUUAUCCUGUGCUUCAGCUUCUACCAGUGGGAGCCCAUGACUUACGGCUCUUACCGCUACCCUAACUGGUCCAUGGUGCUUGGAUGGCUCAUGCUCGCCUGUUCUGUUAUCUGGAUCCCAAUUAUGUUUGUGAUAAAAAUGCAUCUGGCUCCUGGCAGAUUUAUUGAGAGGCUCAAGUUGGUGUGCUCGCCACAGCCGGACUGGGGCCCGUUCUUAGCUCAGCACCGUGGAGAGCGUUACAAGAACAUGAUUGACCCACUGGGAACCUCUUCCCUGGGACUCAAACUGCCAGUGAAGGAUUUGGAACUGGGCACCCAGUGCUAGUCCACUGGCGUGGGAUGGCCCAGACUUGAUUGCGUUUUUCCUCUCUGCCUCCCCCUCAUGUUUCCCCCAGCUUUCUUCCCAUGUUCUUCUGUCUCCCCACAUCUUGGUUCAUGGCUGUGCAUGAGAGUGGUUAUGUAGAGAGGUAAGAUAUGGCGUCGCCUGCUGUUGUGAAGAGCUAGACAGACCACUUGAGGCACUCCUUUGCCCGAGUCCAUGGUGUUAGUUUCCAGAGCACAGGCCUUGACCCGCGGCAGGAGUGGCUCAGCCAGGUGAGCGCUUUCCAGUGAGGUCGCAAGCAGGUGUGCGCAACUUGGUCAGUAGGGAGGGAUCUGCUGCGUGUGUUGUCGUGGGUGGUGCCAUCAAGACAUAUAUAGGGCGGCAGACUCACAGGAUUGGUAUCCGGACUCGGUCGUGUUGCUGAGCAGCGCCGUGAUUUCAUUCAGAUGCAGAAAGUUGAGGAGAGUGUAUCUGGAGCAUGGGCAGUGGCUGCAAAAUGUUUUAGAAUAAGGGGGUUUGGACACCACUGAGGUGGCUAAUAACGUUCACAUUUCCAUUUACAACUGGGGAUCUGCUUUCCUUCAUCCAGACUGACCACUUCAGGUGUGCCAGGAACGAACACUUCCGUCUCUGUGCACUGGGAAUCUCGGUGAAGAGUUCUCGUCCCUCUCUUGUCUUUUUUUUUUUUAAGUAACCGUAUGUGUGAAUUCUCUUGGUCACUUCCUCCACCUGUGCACAAGAAGCCAUCGUGUAAUUUGCGCCUCUCCACAGUCAGAGUGGAGGUCCAUUCUGGUUUCUCCGUGACAUUUAGUGCCACGGUUCGGUGUCCUGACUCCAUGUUUCUUCUCCUCAAAAUGUCUUUCUAUGAGCUGUAGACACCUUGUCUCUUAACCUCUGGGAAAACAAGACUUACCCCAGUUCUGUCUGUAUAUUUUAUAUAUGUAAGACACGACCUCUUAUAAGACCGAUACCUUCUCGAUUUUUACUCUUUUUCAUUCACAGUAAAGGCCAACUGUGGUCAUAGAGAAAUCAAAAAGAAAUGCUGAGUUUAACAGAAAGCCACCAUGAUAUUCACUGUGCCGGUAGUACAUUUUAGGUCACUGUAUUUACAGGAAUUUCUGAUAAAUACAGCUUAGGUAAGUGGCAAGUGAGCCAAUUAAGACUAUAGCUUUUAAGACUACAUUUAGACAAUUCAAUUUUAAGAGUUCUCAAUUUGCAAUACUCAUAACUGUGCUCUAAUGAGAGCGAAUCCUAUGUCUGCAGAGAUUGGUGAAGCCAUGGCCUUUAUUACCUUCUUGAACCCUGAACAUGCAUAUAUGAAAUUUUUAAAAUGUGCUAUGUGUUCAUGUAGUGUGUACGUGUAGUGGUGUUUUCUAUCCUUAUAAAUAUCUUACGAAUCACUGUAGAGAUGGUGAGUUUAGAGUAGUGUAGUCUGGAAUUUUUUUUUCCUUACUGUAAUAAUAGCUAAACCUAAAAUUGUUUCCUUUAGGGGAGACCAUUUCAAUCACUUUCUAUUUGUUUGUCUUCAUAUUAUAGGGUCUCAGGCAAAGUUUUCCGUUUAAAUCUUGUAUAUUGAUGUGACAUUUUCAUCCUGUUGCUCAGCAGUGAAACCUAACAGAAGACCUUAAUGUAACAUGUUUUUCUUUUUCUUUUUCUUUUUUUAAAAUUUCUUCAUUUACUGAAAAAAGAGGUCUCAAUUCAUUUUACUGAGCUCUUCUUUUUCUAGGGCAAAUAUCAUUGUCAUUUGCCAACGAUGAUGUGAAUUUCUAGGUUUCAAGAAUUACCUGUGGAAACUGUAGAAAAGGAAAGAAAGAUGGGUGUUGAGCUGUAGGUGUUCAUCUCUCUGUCUCCAGUGCAUGUCUGUCUUGUUCUCCUUCCCUCCCUCUGUCCCAAAGCUCGAGCUUCCUCCAAUCUGUCACAGAAACUAACCUGAGCUUCCCCUAGACGCAGCAUUAGGAGGCUAAGCUGUGACCUCACGUGUCCAGUGUCUCCCACAGUGACCGUCUUGCCGUGAACACUGGUUUCCCCCACGAAAGCCAUAUUGCUGAGAAGCCCCUGUUACUUUAGUGGGUGUCACAGAGGGGUUCCAAAAAUUACCCUCUCCAAUUGAUAACCGGUGGGGUGGGAGUGGCAGGGAGGAAACCACUUAGUUUUGGAAAUUAUCUACAGCCUUUCCAAUUUGAAGGCUGAAGAAAAAAAAGCUGCAAUCAAUUAGCAUUCUCUUGAGGGACUGGUUUGUGUGUGUCAGGGUGAAUGAUUUUUGGCUUCCCUCUCUCGCCUCUUGGCAAAAACUGGAGUCGGAUGCUGGGUGCCAACCCCAUUUCUGCUCAUUGUUGCUGUUGUGAUUAAAAAAAGGUGGGGGUGGUGGGACCUUCCGGCUGCUGCCAGGUUUGUUUUCUGCACACUGAAAGUUGACUUGUGAGGGCAGGGACCUCCUUGCUGGCUACACACUGCGGCGUGUUUUUCAGUGGGGGCAGCUCCAUUUGGGUUCCCUGGGAUUUGUCCAAGUUAAGACCCAGUAGCGUUCCCUGAACAGCCAGGGUGUUUUUCCUUUUCCUUACAAUUUCCAAGUUUCACGUAAAAUUCGCUUCAAGGUGAAAGGUUCCGAACUUAUUGUGGAAAGAGUGACUUUGUGAGCUCAGUGUCACCCAUUUCUUGAGCCAUGUUCAACUUCGAGGCUUUCCCUGGUAGAGAGGUGGUCAGUGUCUGAGCUGAUUUGUCAUGGGGCAUCAGCCUUUGCAGCCUCCCCCUAGACUGGGGUGGACGUUUCCACACGGUGUGUUUUCUGCCACAGUCAAUUGGAAGAAAAAAAUAUAUAUACAUGAAUGGAAAAGAAAGAAAAUGAACAGCAUUGUCACAAGCUGCUACUUGAACGUUCUCCUUCAAACUGAGUUAAAAAUCAAGUUGCUGAGGAAAAACUUCCAUUGGUUUACUGUAGAGAGUGGUGGACUAUUUUCCACGUGUGAGAUUAUUUCCCAACACCAACAAAUGCCAGAAACCCAUUCAGAGAAAAAAAAAAAAAGCCAUAUGUUAAAAACAGUAACCUUGUAAUAUCCUUAAAGGAGAAAAAAAAUGUAUAUUUCUUACCUAUUGGUGUUGUGGCUUCUUCUGCAAAUAUUUGUCUUGCAUAUUAGUAACUUUUAAUCUCUUUCGGGCUGUGUGUUUGUCAUGUACAGGUGUGUCCAAUCUGAUCUUAUUUUGUUUGUUUCUUUUUUUUUCUAUUUAUUCGUUGCAUGAAAGCUGUGGUUAAUGCAAAAUCUCGAUGACCUCAAUGUCUUUGAAAUUUCCCAUGUGUUUUUAAUGUGUAAGAAGUGUAAUCCACUGGUAUUUCAGUGAGCGGCACUUUAAAAAGAAUUUAACACAAUGAUCUUUAAAUGGAUAAGACUUGGGUUGUCUUUACGCGGAUAAUACCGCCUCCGAGUUGAGUGUCCCUUACUGAAGUUCUUAUUCUGCUAUCGACACGUGCCUCCGUGCUUCCUGACGAACUUCACCCGUCCGCAUGGUCUUCCCAUGCCUAAAAUUAAAAAUGUUUCUUUCCCCUUUGUGCCCUUGGCCAUCACUCCCGGUCCUCUUCCCAGAGACUUGCACAAUGACAAUUGCUUACCAUAUGCAGAUGACUCAAGGGAGAGCACGCUGUAUAGCAGGUUGUCUCGCAGGGACCAAAAGCCCCGGCCAAGCAAAUGAGCAUUUCCUCCGCUUCACGCUGGCUGGGUAUCAUGCAGAAAACUUCCAGGCCGGGAGUAAAGGUUUGGGUGAGUCUAAUUUCAAUAGUCAUUUCUCCACGAAGUGUCCCGAGGAUUUGUAAAAGCAGAGCUCCCUGUCUUUCCCAGAUUUUGCUUCCAACAGAAAGGUCAAGUGAUUUUGCAUUGUGGUCUUGGCCAGGAUCACCGCUGAGCAGCCUGCAGCCAAAGAGAAAAAGUCUUUUCGGAUUAGGCGUGCAUCACCUGUGAACGCAGUGGUCUGAUUUGCUUGCUGUGGAUUAAAUACAUCUUCAGGUAACCAUUUGCCUUAUAGGUGUAUUUUAUUGUUAGGGUGAUAGUAAUUGACUAGGUCCUGUUCUUCCUUUCUUUUUUUUUCGUCUUUCUUUUGCACUUUAUUAUGGACCUAUCAUGGGAUAGGUUAUUUGGAAAUUGCAUACUUGACUAAUGUCCUAAUUGCAGGCAUCUUAUGUGUAACUGUUGCCUAUGAAUAAAGAUAUAUUCCCUAAUCAGGUCCUUAUAUUUUUUCAUUAACUGUACAUGAAGAAAAUAUAUUAUGUUACAAAUGAUGCAUCAUAUAUAUAUAUAUAUAUCUUACAGAGUACAUAUUAUAUACCGUGCAUUAUUCAUUUUAAAAAGUCAUUAUUCUUGAGGCCCUACCUCAAAUUUUGUAUUUAUGUCUACAAAUGCAAUUUAUUGUAUUAUAUAUUUGCCUAUUAUAUACUGGUAUAAAUUAGAAUUUAUCUUAAUAAUGUAUGAGUUCACAAAACCCUAAAUAAAUGUCAGUGUUUAAAACAUGAUGAUUAUAGUAUCGUGUCUAUUACAAACCCAUUACCCACAUUCUCUCUCUCUUAACACA